UUAAGAAUGGCAACUCACCAAAGCCUUCUUUUCAAUUUGCUGGUUGUGGCCUAUUUGCUAACAUGCAGUGAAGGAGUACAAGAACAACUAAGCAAGAAUAGUUUUCCUCCCGGUUUCGCAUUUGGAACAGCAUCGAGUUCUUAUCAGUAUGAAGGAGCAACAAGUAUAAAAUAUGGCAGAACAGCCAGUAUAUGGGAUACCUUCACGGCAGAAUUUCCAGAAAAAAUAGCUGAUGGCUCAUCUGGAGAAGUUGCCAACGAUUUCUACCAUCGUUAUAAGGAUGACAUACCUGUGAUGAAGGAGAUCGGUUUUGACUCUUUUAGACUCUCAUUUUCUUGGUCUAGAAUAUUACCAAGAGGGACAAUUAGUGGAGGAGUGAACUUUGAUGGCAUCAACUUCUAUAACAACCUCAUAGACGAACUCUUGCAAAAUGGUAUAGAGCCCGCCGUGACUUUGUUCCAUUGGGAUCUUCCACAAGUCCUUGAAGAUAAAUAUGGUGGAUUCUUAAAUCCGAGCAUUGUGGAGGAUUAUCACGAUUAUGCGAACCUGUGCUUCGCACUAUAUGGUGAUAGAGUGAAACACUGGACCACUUUCAAUGAGCCAUACAUUUUUUCAGCUCAAGGGUAUGAGCGUGGUGUUAUGGCACCAGGUCGUUGUUCUGAUUAUGCUGGAAAUUGCCCAUUUGGGGACUCGGCAACUGAACCUUAUAAAGUAGUUCACCACAUACUACUUGCACAUGCGGAUGCGGUAGACUUGUACAGGAAGAAAUUCCAGGUAACUCAAGAGGGAAUCAUAGGAAUAGGGGAUGUAAGUCAUUGGAUGGAACCAAAAUUCCAAACGCCCGAAAGCCGCGAUGCUGCUAAGAGAGCUCUUGACUUUAUGAUUGGAUGGGUUUUUGAUCCAGUAGUGUUUGGAGACUAUCCAAAAACCAUGCGAUCUUUGGUUGGAAGUCGAUUGCCUAACUUCACCGAAACCCAAUCAGAACUUUUAAAAGGGUCAUACGAUUUCUUGGGUUUAAAUUACUAUACUGCAAGGUAUGCCGAUGAUUCCAAUGACGACGCAAGCAGUCGUCCUCCAAGGCCUGCAAAUGAUAUGCGUGUUAAUCUCACUUUUGAAGGGAGCGAUGGACGUCCUAUUGGCCCACCGACUCCAACAUCCUGGCUUCUCAUCUAUCCAAAGGGAUUUGAAGACUUGGUUUUGUACUUGAAAGAUAAAUACAAUAAUCCUCCUCUUUACAUCCUUGAGAAUGGAGUUGUGGACUCCCGUGAUGAUGAUUGGUUGACCGAAGAUCACGUGAGGAUAAAAUACUUUCAAGACCAUCUGUUGCAUCUGCUAAACGCUAUAGAGGCUGGAGCAGAUGUGAGGGGAUACUAUGCUUGGACAUUACAAGAUUGUUUUGAUUGGAAUUCUGGUUUUACUAGUGAGUUUGGCCUCAUCCAUGUCGACCGUGAAAAUAAUUUGACGAGAACCAGAAAAAACGUUUCGAACUGGUUCCAGUAUACCUUUUUUGGAAAAUCAGAAAAAGUAUUGGAUCAGAUUCAGCUGCCCACUUUGUUAGCAUCCGCAUAAUUAUUAUGCUUUACGACUGCUAAGAAGAAAGACCUGAAAGUAUUAUAAGUAAAAUAAUAAUCUAUGCUACUUGCAUUAAGUGAGUGAGAAUAAAGGUCUUUGCAUUGGAAAUAUGUAUGUUCAUAAAAAUAAGUAGAAAAAAGUGUGUUGUGUAAGAAAGAGACUUAAUGAAAUAAAAUAUCUAUGUUGUUUC